AUGUUCUCGACUUUUCAGGCAACUAAUUGCAGUACCGGACGGGUUUUUGUUGAUAAUUGCGGAAUCGGCAAGUUUUGUUGUAUCGACGGGUGUUGCAUCGACUUCACUUAUAUCAUUAUUUUGUUAAUAGUGAUCUCAAUGAUAGCUACAGUUGCCAUAUUUAUUCACGUGGAAAUUGUGAAGGAGCGAAGAUUCAAUGAGAAACUGAAAAAGCAUAUAGAAUCGUUGAAAGAAGAAGGAGUGCAUCCGGAGUUUGAAGAAACCCGCAUCUUCCUCGGCGCCUCUCCAAUCGACUCGUGUCCCUUCAACCUUCCCCCAAGUUGCAGUCCCCCAAUGACAGUACCGAAAUUGAAAUUUAACCGUCUAAUCCGUCAAUUUCUACAUAAACAUAUGUAA